AUGACGGACAUCUGGAGCGGAGAUAUUCUGCUACCCGACGGCAACGUUGUUAAAGACGUCGGCCUCGCGUCGCAAAAUGUCGCGUCUUCUCCAGCCCUCCCCGCCACGUCUCUGCGCUUCCUCACCACGGUCGAUACCGCCAAGAUACCGCUAUACCUUGCCGCCGGCUCUAGUCUAGAUGUAUGGACGACGGAAGAAACUACUCAAGCCUGGUUUGAGGCUGUACUGCUGAGUAAGCCUACGUUGGUGGACGCGCCCAACACUGCCGCGAAGGAAUGGUGGGACCUGGCGCGAUCACAGUCGCCAAUUGGUUUCCUUGUACAAGUCCAAAAGGUUGAGGAAGACGGGCGAAAGCCCAGAGUGACCGAGAUCCUCUUCUAUGGCACCAUCGCCGCUUCUACCACGGCUGGGCUACCCACACCACCAUCCUCGUCCCCAUACGUCGACAAUGCGCACGCUGAGAUACUUCCUGAGCUUCGAGUUCACGCACUGCCACUUUCGUCUGAUCUCCUGAAUGCUACCAGCAUCGACUUGCCCAUGGACGCCGAGCCUCAAUUCCUUCCGCCGCAGCACGAGUUCCACAACCCCCCAACAUCACCAAAGCGAACGAGAGACAUAUUUGAAGAAGCGACCAUAGCCAACAAGAAGGCGCGAGGAAGGGGUGGAAGAGCAGUUUCGGCAGCAGCAGCUCGCGUGAGCGAGUCUCAGCAGGCAUACAGCCACCGAAAGUCGUCGCUCUCUAUCGAUCUGAAAGCCUCGUCUCUCUCUGACUCCAGACCAACAUCUGCUUCCGACCUUCUAGCCCGCCCUUCUUCGCGCCCACUCUCGCGAUCACCGAGCAUAACCUCCGAUUCAAGACCCCUCAGCCGAAAGGGUCAACCCGACGCGCAUGCCAGACGAUCGAAUCUGUCCCAGGUCGCUACGGUACCCAUACAGCCCGAAGAGCCAACAACAGAGUCGCGGAACAAGGAUGCACUGGUAAAGGUGGUCAUGGCAGCGAUGCGCAUGCAUGGCUUGCAGCAGCGGAAACAGAACAGGUCUCGCCGCGCCUCCGUGGCUGGUGCCGAAGAAAGCCAGCAGCGGAGUGAAGAAGCAGUCGCUGAAGAGGCGGCGAAAGACGAUGAGUACAAGCUGAUAUACCACCAAACCUUUAAAGGUGCACAACUGGCACUGGUAAGACGCGUGAACCUACAUCCGAGACACUCGCUGACGAUACUGCAGAGAAAGCACAUGUCUGAGAAACCGCUCCAUGCCACCCCCGACCGAAUGCGCGACAUCGUCGAAAAGCUACUGGCUCUCUUUCUCUCCGACCCGCUUGCGGAACCUCCGCCUUCUGAGAUACCCGCGGACCCAGUCGCCACACCCGGUAGUAGACCCAGAUUCGUGAUUCCUGGAUCCACACAUGGCCAUGCCAGCCCAUUCGACUUGCCUAGCACACAACGACGUCCUGGCAUGAUGAGAUCUGUUACCGAUAGCCAUGUUUAUACGGGAUCACCAGUGAGCAAGAAAAGAGUUACUACGGGCGAGACGUUGACAGUGCCUACGUGA